CAAUACAGCAUCAACAUGUACUUCAAAAUCGCUGUACUCAGCCUCCUGGUGGCAGCUUGCCAUGCGGGUUUGAUCGAAGAGGGACAUGGCCACGCUGUCUCUUCCCAAAGCAUUGUUAGACACGACCAACCCACCCACGGAGCAACUCGCUACGCACCAAUUGUGACCUACGCUCCACCCGUUUUGACCCACGCUGCCCCAAUUGUACAACACUCUGCUCCUCUGAUCCACUCUGCUCCCCUUGUCCAACACGUUGCCCAUGCCCCUAUUGCUCUGGCCCGCGCUGAACAAAUCGAAGAUCAUGCCCCAGCCCACUACGAAUUCUCCUACUCAGUUGAAGAUCCCCAUACCGGUGACCACAAAUCACAGCACGAGAGCCGCGAAGGAGAUGUCGUAAAGGGCGAAUACUCUCUGGUCCAACCUGAUGGUGCCGUAAGGACUGUAGAAUACACCGCUGAUGCCCACAACGGUUUCAACGCCGUGGUCCACAACUCUGCCCCAUCGGCCCACACUGCCCCAGCACCCGCGGUACACGCUGCCCCAGUGGUCCACGCCGCUCCUCUCGUCCACGCCGCUCCUCUGGUGCACCAUGCUCCCCUAGUACAUACAGUCCACGCUGCCCCAAUUCUGUCGGUGGUUCUUGCGGUUUGUAUCAGUUGUGUGUGGUCGGUGAGACGAAGCAAACCUUACACAAAAGCAAUGAUUACUAAAACCGCAAUAGUCCUGUCCGUAGUGGCGCUGGCGUCCGCGGGCGUGCUGCAGCUAUCCCAUGGGUACGGCGGUGGGGAAUCGUACGGCCACGAAGCCGUAGCGUACGCCCCAGUAGCCCAAAUUGCCCACUACGAGGCCCAAGACGAGCAUGUCGACUAUCACGCACAUCCCAAAUACGACUAUUCAUACUCCGUCUCAGACCCUCACACUGGUGACCACAAAGAGCAGCACGAAGCCCGUGAUGGUGACGUAGUCAAGGGUGAAUACUCCCUCCUCCAACCCGAUGGUUCCUUCCGCAAGGUCACCUAUACCGCUGAUGAUCACAAUGGUUUCAACGCCAUCGUCCACAACACGGCGCCCGUGCACCCUGAAUUCCACCACUAAUUUUAUCGGCCCAGGGCCACUCUCAUGUGAUAUUAUUGUACCUUUAUACUAUAGAUAGUCUUUAGUCGACAACGAACUUUUAAUGUAAGACUGCGGCGAAAAUAAACUUUUCGAAAACCUUA